AUGGGUGCUCGAUGGCCUGCAACUCAGGUACACGGUGUAGUUAUCCUAAUAGACUUGACUGGAUUCUCCUGGCGUCAAGCUGUGCAUAUGGUACGACCCUCGUUUCUCCGACAAGCCGCCAGAUUCCUCCAGGCAUCAACACCGGUACGUGUGAAAGCCGUGCACAUAUACAAUGAACCGGGCAUAUUCUCCACUGUCUACACCGCAUUGCGACCGUUCCUAAAACAGAAAAUGGUUGACAGAGUAAGUCUGUAUGCCGUUUUCCUUCUCUUUGUUCGGAUUUAUCCAUCUCACUGA